UAUAUAAUUUUCUAUAAUAGUAAUAUAUUCUAAACAAAUUGAAUUUACUUUUAUUUAUUAAUUUAGAUGAAAAAAUGGUGAGACAUAAUAAUCGUUUACCAGAGAAUCUUCCACAAUUACAAAAUCUUAUUAAACGAGAUCCUGAAUCUUAUAAGGAAGAAUUUCUUCAACAGUAUCAACAUUAUAAAUCCACUUUGGAAGUUUUUUGUUUAAUACCAAAUAAGUUUAAUAAAAAUCUUGAUGAAUCAGUCAUUUUUCUAGCACAGGUGGCUCAUUGUUAUCCAUAUAUGUUAGAAUCAUUUCCUCAAGAAAUUAUUGAUGUACUCAAAACAUAUAAUAUGAUACUUGAUAAUGAUAUGCGACUUACAUUUUGUAAAGUUUUAAUACAACUACGUAAUAAAUCUCUCUUAGAACCCACUGCACUUUUGAGUUUGUUUUUUGAACUUUUAAGAUGCCAAGAUAAAAAUUUACGGCAAUUUCUUGAAACACAUAUUAUUACUGAUAUUAAAAAUGUGAAUUCUAAACAAAAAAAUGCAAAAAUUAAUACAACUUUACAAAAUUUUAUGUUUUCAAUGUUGAAAGAUUCUAAUGUAAAGGCUGCAAAAAUGUCUGCAGAUAUCAUGAUAAAAUUGUAUAAUAAAAAUAUUUGGAAUGAUGCGAAAACGGUAAAUGUCCUAGCAACAGGUUGUUUUGUUAAAGCAACCAAAGUUAUGGUUGCUUGUUUAAAAUUCUUUCUGGGAACAGAUUCAGAAAAACAGAUAAGUGAAGAAACUGACAGCGAUAAUGAAUCAAAUAUUAAGGAAAUUAUGAUAGCUAAUAGAGUAAAUAAAAAAACAAAAAAACGAAAUAAAGAAUUAGCUAGAGCGAAACGAUUGUUAAUGAAAUCUAAAAAAAAAGAGAUGAAAGCACCGAGAUUUAAUUUUUCGGCAUUACAUUUAAUUCAUGAUCCACAGGAUUUUAUAGAAAAAUUAUUUAAACAAUUGGAAAAAAAUAAUGAUAAAUUUGAAAUUAAAUUAAUAACAUUGGAUGUAAUUUCAAGACUUAUUGGUUUGCAUAAUUUAUUUCUAUUAAAUUUUUAUCCUUAUUUACAAAGAUUUUUACAACCACAUCAAAGAGAAGUAACAAAACUUUUACAAUUUAUCGCUCAAGCAUCUCAUGAACUUAUACCACCUGAUAUAUUAGAACCAAUUUUGAAAACAUUAGCAAACAAUUUUGUUACAGAACAUAAUUCAGCAGAUGUCAUGGCCAUUGGAUUAAAUGCUAUUAGAGAAAUAUGUAUACGAUGUCCUUUAGUGAUGAAUGCAGAUUUACUACAAGAUUUAGCGCGAUACAAAUAUUACAAGGAACGAAGUGUAAUGAUGGCUGCACGUUCUUUAAUUGCUGUAUUUAGAAAUUCAAUACCUGAAUUAUUGCAUAAAAAAGAUAGAGGACGUCCUAUAGAAGCAAUUAUUACUUUAAAUGUUCCAAAAUAUGGUCAAAUAUGUACUAAUAAUUUUAUACCAGGAGCUGAAGUUUUACUUGACAAUGAGUUUGACAAAGUUAAAGAAAUUUCAAUAAAUAAAAUUAAAGACAAUAUUAGAGAGGAUGAUUGGAUAGAUGUAAGUUAUGAUGAAAAUUAUAAUGAUGAUGAUAGUAACAAUGAUAAUGAUAAUGAUAGUGAUAAUGAUAAUGAUAAUGAUUAUGAUUAUGAUGAUGAUAAUGAUUAUUAUAAUGAUAACAACAGUGAUAUCGAUAAUGAUAAUGAUAAUAAUCAUGAUGUUUUUUACGAUAAUAAUGAAUAUGGUAAUAAUGAUAAUAAUAAUACAAGUAAUAUAAAUAAUAAAAAUGUUAUUGAUAUGAAUGAAAACAAAGAUAUGGAAAAUAAAUUAUAUAGAAAUAAUGACAUAUAUACAAGUAAUAAUUUUAAAAUUAAUUAUACAAACAUAGAAAUUGAUAAUAUUAUGAAUCAAAAUCAACAAGAACAAUGUAACAAUCUGUUAACAAAACUUGAAAAAAAACAAUUAAAAACAGAAAAAGAAAAAAAUGCAAAAUUGAUAUCAAAAAAAGAUAUCAUAGCAGAAAAAAGAGAGAAAGCAGCUUUGAUAUCUAAUGAGCGAUUAUUAAAUGAUGAAGAUUUUAAAAAAAUAGAUACGGCAUUAGCAAAACAACAAAUAACAUAUGCUAGUUUAAAAAGAUUUCAUUCUAGUGAAAGAGAACAUGGAGAUUUUGUUAAAUUGACCGAUAUAGAAAAUAUUUAUAAAAAACAAAAACAUGAUAAACAAACUCGGAUUGAAUCUGUGAAGAAAGGACAAGAAGGAAGAGAAAGAUUCGGUUAUAAAGAUCGACGACAAAAUCCACUUUGUAGUAAAACAAAUCGUGAGAAAAAAAAAACCAAAGCUUUUCAAAUGUUAAAACAUAAAGUAAAAGGAAAAGUAAAACGUUCUUUUAAGGAAAAACAAAUUGCUUUGAGAAAUCAUUUAUUGAGACAACGAAAAAUGAAAUAAUAUAUACUCAUAAAUAUUAUAUUGUAUGCAUGUAGAAAAAUAAAUAAAUAUAUAUAUAUAAUUAUUAUAU